AUGGCCAACGACGAGUAUGAUUUCCUCUUCAAAGGUAAUGUCGCCUUGCUCGGAAACCUUCUUGCCUCGUCCCUCCUUUCCCGCUUUUUGACCCAUGCUUGUGUCGACAACCUUGAAUUGGUCCUGAUCGGAGACUCAGGUGUUGGUAAAUCCAACCUGCUGAGUCGUUUCACCCGCAACGAGUUCAACCUGGACUCCAAGUCCACCAUCGGAGUAGAGUUUGCAACCCGCUCCAUCCAGGUUGACUCCAAGACCAUCAAGGCACAGAUUUGGGAUACUGCUGGUCAGGAGCGCUACCGUGCUAUCACGUCGGCCUAUUAUCGCGGCGCAGUUGGCGCGCUCCUCGUUUACGAUAUCAGCAAGCACCAGACUUACGACAACGUCAACCGCUGGCUGAAGGAACUGCGUGACCACGCCGACUCCAACAUUGUGAUCAUGCUUGUCGGGAACAAGAGCGAUUUGCGACACCUUCGGGCAGUUCCCACCGAGGAGGCCAAGCAAUUCGCCAGCGAAAACAAUCUUUCCUUCAUUGAGACAUCCGCCCUUGAUGCUAGCAACGUCGAACUUGCCUUCCAGAACAUUCUCACAGAAAUCUACCGCAUUGUUUCCAGCAAGGCUCUGGAGCCUGGCGAGGCGAGCGCAAACCCACCUGUGGGUCGUACUAUCGACUUUACCCCGCAGCCCAACGAGCAGAAGCAGGGCUGCUGCUAA